UAGCAGGUAGCUGCGCUAGCCGCUGCAUGGACGAACCAUAUUUUAUUCAAUUUUGUUUCCUCAUCUGCUAAAUGCAAUGGUUUUCUUGUUUGUUAAAUUUACUUAACAUGUUGAUGUAUAGCCAGAUAUCUACAAUUUUAAAAAAAAUAUUCAUGUGUAACUUGAGAAAUAAUUAUAUCUGAAUGUUUGUGAAACAUAACCACACAAUGGAAGUGUCAUAACAUAUUUUAAAAGAAAUCUAUUAUUACUAAUAUUAAAAGGAAAAUGGAAUGCACUGAUGAAAACUGGUCUGUAGAAUGUUCUGAUGAUGAAAAAUAUGAAGUGAACGAAAAGCAUCAAUGGAAUAUAAAGGCAGAAGAUAUUAUGUCAUUGAUUGAAGGGUUGGAAGUAAAUAACUGCGUUCUAGAACUUGAAUGGAAGUGUCCUGGCAGACGAGGACCAUCCCCUAUUCCUUCAAAUAAUCUACAACAGGAGCUUGAAUCUCCAGAAUACAAAAUUGAGGAGAAAUCUGACUUUGAUUUCAUGGAUGAGAUGUCGUCACCAAGAUUACCUGUGCGGAGAAUCGGAGAAAGUACUCCAAAAGGUAGUGCCAAGAAAAAGAUUGCCAGUUUUAAUGGAGUGAUAUCUACAAUGUUAAGACAUCGUAGAUUGGAGCAACAAGAAAUAAAUUCAAGCCCAAAAAAGAGUGAAUCUCCUAUGUUAAAACCUCAUACUUAACAAUAUAAUGCUUAUUUUGCGAUAAUUUAUAGUUAUAUAUACAUAUUAAAAUAAUAGAAAAAUUAUAGAAAGCAUAAACUUAUAUGAAUGAGUAAGGACAUUAUAUAAACAAAGAAUACUAUAUACUGUAUCGCUCUAUAACAUUAUAUUUUAUUAGGAAUUAAAGAAUAAAAUAUUAAAUACUUCAGAGUAUCCUUAGUCCUUUUGUAAGAUGUUAAAGUAUGCAUAAAUAUAUACAUCUAUAUUUGUUAUGCUACAUUUUCAAUACUACGUACUGCAAUAAUAAAUCGAUACAUUUCUGAAUAAAUAUUUAUCAAG